AACAGGAGGAUCGUAAUUGUCCCGGAACAGAGAGACACCCACACCGAGUCUCGCAUUGGACUGACUUCUUUACUCGGACAUCAACGAGACUUGUCUCCUCUCUCUGCGGUCAGGAUGGACUCAGACUCUGCCGUCCAGUGUAAACUCGUGGUUGUGGGAGACAGUCAGUGCGGGAAAAGCGCGCUGUUGAGCGUGUUCGCCAAAGACAGUUUUCCUGAGUGCUACGUACCCACGGUGUUUGAAAACUACUCGGCCAGCUUUGACCUGGACCUGCAGAGAGUGGAGCUCCGGCUGUGGGACACCUCAGGUUCUUCUUACUAUGACAACGUGCGUCCCCUAUCCUACCCGGAUGCUGACGCAGUCCUUAUUUGUUUUGACAUCAGCAGACCAGAGACAUUAGACAACGUGCUAAAGAAGUGGAGAGGAGAGAUUGAGGAGUUCUGCCCUAACACCAAGAUGCUGCUGGUAGGCUGUAAGUCAGACCUCAGAGCAAACCUCUUUACCAGGUCUCACAGCAGACACACUCCAGUAUCAUAUGACCAGGGCUCCAACACAGCCAAGCAGCUGAGCACCCCCUACCUGGAGUGUUCCUCACUGCAGUCUGACAACAGCGUCAAGGACAUCUUCCAUGUGGCCACACUGGCAUGUGUCAACAAGAACAAUAAGAGCAUGAAGAGGAGGAAGUCCUCCAGAGCCACUAAGAGGAUGUCUCACAGCGGAGGAGACAUGUCCCCUGUAGCAUCAACACACUUUCAGCAGACCAAAGCUAAGAGCUGUGCUGUUAUGUAAACACAAAUACUGAUACAGACAUUGCCAAAGACAGAGCAUGUGGAGGGUCUGUCCUGCAUUCUCUGUGGUUCUAGAUGUCGUUUACACAUGAAGCAGGUGUGAUGAUUGAUUUCCAGCAAUGAUGAAAAUGCCCAAUGCAGACUUUAUAGAGAUAGGACUGGGAAAGUACUGUGUGCUUCAAUGUGCCAUCACCUGUAACUACAGAGAGCUGCCGUGGAGACAACACUAAGUAUCUUACUAAAGUGUGUCCGCUAAGACAUCCUCUUCAUUAAAAGAUGGUCUGACAUGCUGUAAGUUUUCAGCAUAUUCAGGUUGACAUUAUUUUGAUACUCGUGAAACCAUUCAAUGAGCUGACAGUUCCUCUUUUGGGACAUUCUCCUCUAGCUACAACAUGUGCAUACAUGAGUUCAUUAGGAGGUUCACCUGAAAUAAAUGUGUAUGGGAGUGUCACCACUCUAUGCUCCUCCAACCAUUUACUUUGCAUUUACACCUGAUAAGUGUUGCCAUUAUCAGAAUUUUGCCCAUACUAUUAUCUGGCCUAGGGUACACCCAGUAGGUAUAAAGACAGUUUUCCCUGAACUAGAUUCAGAUGAUCACACUUCAACACCAGUGAGAGGUAGAGUGGUAUGCACUUAUUCAGGAUCUUCAAAUCUUUCAAUCGUAGAAAAGGUAAAUCAUCAGGAGAUGACAGUCCCCUGGCAAACCCAAACCAUCAAAAGCCACCAUUUCAAAAAUACAUUUCAUGAAGAGAUACCAAAUGAAUUUGAAGAUUCUGCUGUGGAAACUAAAGAACUACCAACAGAAAGACCGACUUGGGGGACAAUGAACACUUUGGAUAUGUGUGACUCUGUUUAGUUGGCUCUCCUCUUACCUUUUUGUUAUGGUGUAUAACCUGUUCAGCCAGACGAGUUGACAUAUCCUACUAAGAUUCCUCUGAGGGUUGAGAGGCAGGAAGGUGAGGGUAGAAUGAUUAAAGGAUACUUUCUUUGAUGUUGGGAUAUCAAAGUCUUGCAUGUGAUGAUAUAAUAUGUAAUGUUUCUGGUGACUUUUUGUGCACCACUAAUCUUUGUUAAAAAUGUUUUGUAAUGCCAAGAUAAAUAUAGUUUAUAAAAGUG